GAUAUAAAUGCAAAGUUGGCAGUGCAGGAGUACUUCAACAAGGAACAUUUUAUCAACAUUGACACGCCAAUUUUAACAGCUAAUGACUGUGAAGGUGGUGGAGAAGUAUUUCUGGUUCAGGUAAGAUUUAACCAAUUAAUUUGGAUUUUCUCUUCUACUACUUUGAAAAAAGUGAAAAAGUUGUUCACAGGCUUCACUCUCACAAAGUAUUUUGGUCAUCCAGCAUAUUUAACAGUAUCAGGCCAGCUGCAUCUAGAGGCCAUGGCAAGUGGUUUAUCGAAAGUGUACAUUUCAAUCCAGCCUUUCCGAGCUGAGAAUUCCCAAACACGGCGACAUUUGGCCGAAUUCUGGAUGGUUGAAGCAGUAGGAAGCCUUUCUCACUCUAUUCUAGUUCUCUGGAUGGUACCUAUAGUAGAAAUACUGAAUAAAAAGUCCUUGUUGGAGAUAUACUCUCACUGUAGUUUGAUCCAGUGGACAAGUGUUACACAUGACUUCAGUGAACCUAACAUGCAGCAACAGACUGUGUUUGUGACUGACUGGCCCAAGAAAACAAAGGCUUUCUACAUGCGACAAAGAGAUGAUAAUUCUGAUGUGGUUCUAGGAGUGGACUUGCUCUUGCCAGGCAUAGGUGAGGUGGCAGGAGGUGGCCUAAGAGAGGACCGACCUCAGAUUCUUCGCAAAGAGCUUGAUUCACGUGGGCUCAUAGACAACCUUCAGUGGUAUCUUGAUCUGCGCACUUUUGGGGGUGGAGCUCCCUCAGGUGGAUUUGGCAUUGGAUUUGAAAGACUCCUGCUGUUCGUACUUGGUGUAGAUAAUAUCAAAGAUGUCAUUCCGUUUCCUAGAUGGGGAAAACACUGUUCUUGCUAAGUUCAGAUAUUUUAGCC